GCAGGAUUGCAGCAGGUUGGGGGAUUGCGAAAGAUCCAAAUCGACACCAUAGACCCCUGUACCGUGAAUGGUAUCGAGAAGUUACUCGACAGCCCUUCUAUAUCACCCCCAGGCGUGGGGAAAUACAAGGGAAGGAUGAAGAAUAACUUAACAUCAUCCACUACAUCUACCACAGCCCAACAAGCCUUAGUCAACAAGCAAAGAAUGUCCCGCACCGAUUGUUUCACCCGGCUGCCCUACGAGAUGGUGGAAGAGAUAGCGGCCCACUUACCAACGUCUAGUGUGCUCAGCCUCCGGCUGAUUUCACCAGCAUUUACUCCUCCAUUUUACAGUCAAAUUUUCUGGGCCACUAGGUUUCAAGCCAGCAGGGAACGGGGGUUCCUCUUCAAAAUCUGGCAGGGCCCAAGACAUCGCGAUUGGCGUGCCCUGUAUUACUUGACAAAUUCCACCAACCUUCCUCAAUCUUUGCAGAAUAGGAAACGGGUCUGGGACUUGGUCGAGCCUCUUGGGCAGGAAAUUUCUCUCGAAUGGGCAGAUUCGUCAACCCGACUUCGCACGGAAGGAUAACUGGAUGGGUCCCGCUUGAUGGCAGUAUACGGCGACCUCAGUGAAGUAGAAGAAAGCGAGCCCGCAUCAUAUGAACCUAGCCAGGUUCUUGACCCACAGGAGACUCUCAUACCGCGCAGAGUUUCGAAAUUUGGUGUCCCAAUCGUCCACGACGGUGACAUUAGCUAUAUCGCA